AAACAUGAAGACACGUACCUUUGUCAUUUACCAUACAAAAAAUGAAAAAAGUGUUUUCUCUUUGAAUUCUGAACAUGAGUGACGUGUCAUCUAAUUCCCCACCCAUUUUCACACCCCACAUUCUAAAAUCUAUUUAUUUAUUUAUUUAUUUAUAUGGGGCUGCCUAUAUAUAUACGAAAAUAAAAUAAAAUAAAUACAAUUAAGAAUAGAAAAAUAAAGGAAAAACCAUCAAAUAUUUUCUCUCUCUUUGCAUGAAAGAAAAACUGAAGCACCAUUCAUCAAAAUGGCUCACCAUCACCACCUUCAGUCUGAUCAUGAGCUAAUCAACGGCGAAGAUCGAAGCUUCGAACGGAGUCAAAGUCCAAAGAAAGAGGAAAAAAGCGUAGUAGCGGAGGAGCAAAGGUCUUCUUCUUCUUCUUCUUCUUCAUCUUCGUCUUCUUCGUCGUCGAGUAAUAAUUUGAAAGAGAAGAAGAAAGCAGGUUUAGUAUGUUCUGAAGAGAGGGGAAAACAAGAGGAGGAGAAGGAGAUGAGUAGGUUGAGAUCAGAAUUAUCUUCGUCGGAGGAGAAGGAUGAUAAUGGAAGAGAGAGGCUUAAGAGGCAUCGGAUUGAGAUGGGAGGUAGGGUUUGGAUCCCUGAUAUUUGGGGGCAAGAGGAUCUGUUGAAGGAUUGGAUUGAUUGUAAUGCUUUUGAUGCUUGUUUGGGCCCUAAUGGGCUUAUGUCUGCUAGGGCUUCUUUAGUUGAAGAAGGAAGAAGAACCACUUCUCAACGACUCAGAAUAGACAACAGGUGUAGUUAGUUAAUUAAUUAAUUAUUAUUAGAACAAACAAAACUAUUUUUCUUUUUUCUUUUUUAAAAUAUUGGUAAUUUUCUAGAUUUAUGAUAAUUUAUUGUUAUUAUUUCUCUUGUUCUU